AUGACAACCAGCAUAACAACGGGGCAAGCACCGCCGGUGAUUAUAGCCACAACUACAACUACAACCACAACCACAACUGGACAACCACUACCAACCACCUACGUUGAGGUGAUCGAAGAACCACAAUCCCAGCGCAUUUCCAAUCGCUGGACAAAUACUCAAAAUGCUCACGCUGCAACCCUGGUUUAUAAUUCAAAUACAAAUGAGAUUUAUUGGCCAUCAGGACUAUUGCUAUUUGCUUAUGGCGGCAUGGAUAUGGCCCAGGGCCUACAAUGGAAUCUGAACACGGGAAUCACGACAACAUAUCAGUUGGAGUACAGUUGGUUCAUUGGCGUCAUCAUUGGAGCUGUGGUGGCCGCUUUCACGGUGACCCACGUGCCAAAAAAGUAUCUUUAUCUGCUGGCCGGAAUAUUGCAGCUGAUCGAUGCAAUCAUCUUUGUGAGUGAGCCCAAUGACUACACAUCAAUCGUGGCAGCUCGCUAUGUCGGCGGAGUGGGCAUAGGACUCCUCACGGUCGCCUUCAUCAUACACAACUCGGAGGUUUAUUUGGGCUUUUCGCGUGGCAAAUGGUGCGGCCUGGAACAGUUUGGCAUGACACUGGGCAUACUCAUCCAGGUGCUGAUGGACUCACAGUGGCACUCGUCCUCAUCCUCGAGCAUUACUAUUAAUGAGGUACAUGGCAUCAUUGGUAUUGUGUUUGCCGCAUUUGCGACGAGCUCCGUUGCCAUGUCAGUUGAGUCGCCCAUCUUUCAUUUGCGCCAAGGUGAUGAGAAUGGAGCCCGUACCAGCCAGACUCAUCUCUUGGGCACCGCAACGCCACAGGAUGUGUACAAUACCCUCUUUGACGAGUACAAGCGUUACGUUAUGGAGGGUACUAGCCAAAGCUUUGGCAAACAGCUCGCAAGUUCCGUAGUGCCCUUCAUUAAGAUGAUCUUCUGUCGCUGUCUGGUGGCAUUCUCCUUCUCAGUGCCCCUAAGUUUAACCAUGUUGGGCAGCACGCUAAUCUGGAAGGCAUCUAUGUUAAGUUGGCCAAUGAUUUUGUGGAGCAUUUUACGUUUCAUUGGCGCACUUCUCGCAAUCUGCUCGGUGGAUUUAAUUGGACGGAAGUUCGUCUCGCUCGUGGGACUGCUGUGCAUGUCGGCUCUAAUGCUGUCUCUGGCCGGGAUCACUGCCCAUGAUACCUACUACACAAACACGUACUUUAUGUCGCAGGUGUGCCGCAUCUCGAUGGCUUUCCAGUUCUUUGCUGGCUUGUUUGUCAUCAGCACCCCGACAUAUUUGGGUGAGGCGUUUCCCAUGCGGGUUAAGCCCUUCCUCAUUGGCCUGGUUGUGUGCAUCGAGCAGCUGAUCCACAUCAUUGUGAUUGUUACAUUCCUGAAGGACGCCUACUGUUUCUUUCAAUACUUUGUUGGUGUUGGCAUUAUCUUGGUUGUGGGUCUGAUUAUCUUUGGGGUACUUAUGCCAGAAACACGAGGAUUAUCGCUCCGACAGGCUGGCGAUCGUUUUCGUCGAGUACAUGAUAUCAUAGCUUACUAGGACUACAGCAUAUCAUAGCCUACCAGGAGGAAGGGUAUAUCCAAACAUGCCAUUUGACACAUUUGUGACCAAGAUCAAAGCUUGUAUUACGCCAAUUUAGAU